AUGCUCUGCUUCGCGCUUUCCGCUAUUUCUCUCUGCUUUUCUGAACCUGCUCUUCUUGUUGCGUUUCCGUUUGCUUGCCUUGUGCAGCUUUUGGGUGUCCCUGCCGCGUUCUCGUUUGCCUUUGGCUACGUUCUUUCUCACUUUUGGCCUUCUUUUGUUGCCUAUUGGUCCUCUUUUGUUGGCUUCUUGAAGAAGUGCAUGUCCAUUUCCAACCCCCGUUCUAUGAAACGUUUGCUUCAAGCAAAACCAACCUCGAACUUCAAGUCGCCUGUGUCCCCACCUUUGGCUGGCCUUGUUGUUGAAUGCCUCUCUCCUCGCGCGGAAGGUCUUCAAGUACGCUCUGUUCACGCUGUACGCUUUUCUCCUUCUUUCCGUUGUCCUGCUGGUGUUCCCUGUGUCCAUGAGGGUAACCAAGUUGUCUCUGGCUGUUGCGUUGGUCUUGGUGCUGCUCUUCGCUCUGCUUCUCAUGUUGCUCCUUCUUGUGUUUCGGCUGUUGGCGAUGCUGUUGGUGGUGAUUCUCUUGUCGUUGGUGAUUCUGAUGUCCCUCCCAGUGGCGAAGUUGUUGGAGGUGAUCCUGUUGAUGAUGGUCCUGUUGAGAUUCCUGCUGUUUCUUUUGUUGGUGAUGCCGUUGAAGCUUCUGGUGUUCGUUGUGCUGAUGAUGGUGUUGUUGAAGACACUCAUCCCGUUGCUGCUGCUGAUGAUGACGAUGUUCCUGUUGGUGGCGAAGCCCUUACUUUUGGUGGUGAAGCCGUUCCUGUUGCUGUUCGUGGUGCUGAUGACGCUGUUAGUGGUGAAGCUGUUGAUGUUGCUUUUGCUGGUGAAGCCGUUCCUGUUGCUGUUCGAGGUGCUGAUGACGCUGUUGGUGAUGAAGCUGUUCGUGUUGCUGUUCGUGGUGCUGAUGACGCUGUUCGUGGUGAAGCUGUUCGUGUUGCUUUUGGCGAUGAAGCUCUUGGUGUUGAUGAAGAUGCUGUUGCUCACGUUGGUGAAGAUGUGCCCGCUGUCCUUGCUGUUCGUGGUGUUGCUAUUGCUGAUGAUGCCCCUGCUGUUCCUGCUGUUGGUGACGAAGCUGCUGUUGAUGGUGUUGACGAUGAUGAUGUGUUUGACGAGCUUGCCUUCCUCUUUCACCACUUGAGUGUGGAUGAUCCAUUUGAUGAGGACACGCACAUGGCGGAACCUGUUGACUGGCGGUAUGUGGAGCCACGUGAUGAUAUGGAUGUUGAUGACGAUUUGCUUUCCGUCAUGUCAAUCAGUUUGGGCAACUCUCCUUUCUUCCAUGACGAUGAUCCAAUUAUGAUUGAUAUGCCUUCUCCUCUUUUACCACCACGGCCCGCAACACCUCCUCCAUCACCUCCACCAUCACCUACGCCCAUCCCUAUGGAGGUUGAUACAACCAUCAUCACUACCGCCACCACCACAAUCACCACUAACACCGCCACUACAACCACUCCUAUGCCCAAUCUUAUCCCUGAUCCCAUUCCUGUCAUUGCCACCACCACUACCGAUAUCGUACCUAUUACCACUACUUCCGCUACCGCUAUUGUUACCUCUCCUCCUCCUAGUCCUCCUCUCAAUCCCGCUAUGUCAUUCAUUUUAUCACGAAUUCAACACCUCCGCACUCGUACAACACCAUCAUCUAAUUCCGCAACACCCACUUCUGCUACUACUACACCCACCACUAAUGCCGCUAUCACCGCCUCCUCACGUCCUCUGGUCAAUACCAAUAUGCCACCACCACCACCUCGACCACGACGCAUCACUCUUACCGUUACGCCACCCACCACAUCAUCAUCAUCCACCGCAACAUCCACUCGUUCCUCUGGUAUUGUGCGACCAGAUAUGCCUCCUCCUCCUCCACGACCACCACGAGUAACCGCAACACCUUCUUCUACUUCUCGCCGAUCCUCAUCAUCAUCAUCAUCAUCAAACACCGCAACCACUUCAACACGUCGUGAAUCCGCACAAUCCCAACAACAACAACAACCUGUCACCACCACUUCCGCAACACCAUCAUCAUCAUUACCUUCCGAUGUGCGUGAAUCACAAGAGGCCCUUGGCCUAUUUGAUUGA